GUAACACCCCCCUCCAAUUUAUUAUAUUAUUAUAUUGAUUUAUACCCCACUUUAUCCCUCCCACAGGAGACUCAAAGCGGCUUAAGAACAAAACUUCAGCAUACAACUUCAAAUGUACAAAUAUAAAAAGAGAAUUAAACAUCAUUAGUAUUGAAAACAAUUCAGAUUAAAUCCAUAAAGACAGAUAAAACCACAGCAGCUCCUGACAUGAUCUUAAAACCCUUCUUUACAAGCCCGUCUGAAUAAGAAGGUUUAGCCUGCAUGGGACGGGAAGUCUGAAGUGCUAUUAGAAUGGUGCUGCAGAAAACUGCUUCCUGGAGAAAUGGAUUGGAUACAUCCGAUUACAAUAUUUUUCCUAAUUACCCUUAUAAUUUUGCUGGUUUUAAAAAUGGGGCAUUUCUGGAAUAACAGUUCCCAAAAUCUUCCACCGGGUCCGAAGCCUUUACCAAUAAUUGGAAAUCUUCACAUAAUAGAUCAGAAGAGGCCUCACAGAACAAUGUUGAAGUUGUCAAACGUUUAUGGUCCCGUCUUCAGGAUCCAAAUGGGAUUCCAGAAAAUGGUAGUGUUGAGUGGGUAUGAGAUGGUGAAAGAGGCUCUGGUGAACCAGGCUGAUGCAUUUGCUGAGAGGCCCAUCAUUCCAUUCUUUAAAGAAUUUUCAAAGGGCUUAGGUGUUAUUUUUGCUCAUGGUGAGAACUGGAAAGUGAUGCGGAGGUUCACCUUAUCCACACUUCGGGAUUACGGAAUGGGCAAGAGAACCAUAGAGGACAAAAUUGUUGAAGAGUGCAAUGUCCUGACAAAGAAACUGGAAUCUUAUAAAGGGAAACCAUUUGAGACAACUACAAUCAUGAAUGCAGCUGUUGCCAACAUUAUAGUAUCCAUAAUACUUGGCAGGCGGUACGAAUAUGAAGAUCCUACAUUUCAAAGAUUACUGAAGUUAUUUAAUGAAAAUGUCCGGCUUUUUGGAAGCCCUUCAGUCCUGUUCUACAACAUGUUUCCUGCUCUUGGUUUCCUAUCUGGCGGUCGAAAAACUUGCCUUGAUAACAGAAAGGAGGUUUUUACUUUCAUAGAGGCUACAUUCAUAAAACGCCUCAAAGAGCUUGAUGAAAAUGACCAGCGGAGCUUAAUUGAUACCUUUCUUAUCCGGCAGCAAGAGGAGAAGACCAACAAUGUUAAUGGAUAUUUCCAUAAUGAAAAUCUAAAAGCUCUUGUGGCUAAUUUAUUUGGUGCUGGCAUGGAGACCACUUCUACCACCCUGCGCUGGGCCCUUUUGCUCAUGAUGAAGCACCCAGAAGUUCAGCGUAAGGUCCAAGAAGAAAUUGCUGUCACUGUUGGGUCUGCUCAGCCACGGUCUGAACACCGAAAAAAAAUGCCAUACACAGAUGCAGUAAUUCAUGAAGUUCAAAGAUUUGCUAAUAUUAUCCCAGGCAACGUGCCACGUGCAACCACUAUGGAUGUUACUCUUAAAGGCUACUUCAUUCCAAAGGGUACCCAUAUCAUUCCAUUACUGUCCUCUGUGCUCCAUGAUGAUUCUCAGUGGGAGAAACCACUUAAAUUCUAUCCUGAACAUUUUCUCGAUCCUGAAGGGAACUUUGUUAAGAGAGACGCCUUCAUGCCUUUCUCUGCAGGUCGUAGGCAGUGUGCCGGCGAGACCCUUGCCAAAAUGGAGCUUUUCCUGUUCUUUACAACUCUUCUGCAGAGAUUCACCUUCCAGCCAGCCCCUGGCACCUCUAGGGAAGACCUGGACCUCACCCCUGCAGUUGGGUUUACGACACCCCCAAUGCCCUUUGAUGUCUGUGCUCUGCCUCGUUGAGAAGGCUCGAGCCUGCUAUGCAUCCAUCUCUACACUUAUUCUGCUGUCUUAUUUGCCUAAAACAUGUACUGUACAAGCUAUUCUGUGCAACUAUCCCAUGCUUGCUUACACACCUAAACUGUUCAAGAUACCAUUGUGCUUUUUUGAAGGUCGCACUUUCACAAGGGAAAACUCAAUUAACAAGUACAUAAAGCAGUGGUGGUGGUUGGGGUAUGGAGGGAUGGGUGUGUUGUUUUGUGGUGUCUGCUGAGGAAGGAAUUUAUUUUCAUUGCACAAUAGUGCAAUGACAAUAAAGUUAUUCUAGUCUAUGCUAACAGAAUGUGCUCACCCUCCUGGCAUCUGCCUGAGCAGCAGCAAAGCCUUAACACAGGUAUUUUCUGGGAAAUUGAAUCAGUCAGACAGAAGAUUGUGAAAUAGUUUAGUAAAUCCUUUUACGUAUAUUUGUACAUUAGAGCUGUGCAAAGCUUUGGAGCCCCGUUUCAUAAUUUGAAGAUUUAGGUUAUUCGGAAACACGAGUUACUAAUCAGAAAGGAUACCUCUGAAGCAUUUACGAAAUGAAAACACCCUCCAAAAUUUUCAAAGAGAUUCAUAAAAAGAUUUGUUAUUCUGAAGCUUUUUUCCAAUUACUGUACUCCAUCGCCCCAUUGCCUGGAAUUGUCUAGGGUUGGAAAAUGCGGGGGCUAGAGCUGGGGUGGGAGGGGGCUGGUGUGAUUGACAAGGGCAGCUGCAUGCUGUUUUUUCCUUGUCAGACAAUCUGAAGAGGAAAACCAAAUCACAUAGAUUUCUGCAAAAUUGGUCUUAUAUACACCCUCCUCAGAGAGAAGAUGUGUUAUUUGGAACUUGGUUCUGUUUCUGUGUGUUUCUUAAAAGUAUAACCUUCCUCUGUUGAAAUUACCCAAGCCCUCCAAACUCCAAAUUCCCAGUUUGCUAGCUAGUAGUUAUACUCCCUUCCCCACCCUUACCUUCCCCUGUUAUAAAUUUGCUGUGUGCUGUUGUUGUGUGACUGCCUACUUUCUUUCCCUACCACAAUCACCCAUAUUUUUUUAAAAAAUCUAUAUAAAUAAAAAUGCAAUGUUUGUUUGUUGGAUUAACACAACUCAAAAACCACUGGAGGAAUUGACACCAAAUUUGGACACAAUACACCUAUCAGGCCAAUGAGUGACCAUCACUCAUAAAAACACUGGGGGGAAAACAGAAGAGACUUAAAAAGCCAAAAAAACCAAAAAAUACAUUACAACGUAUGUGCAAAACCACACAUAUAUACGCAAACACACAUCUAAACACACACAUAUAUACACACACAAAACACAUAUACACAGACUGGGCCACAGCAACGCGUGGCAGGGGACGGUUAGUAAUCAAUAAAAGAUGUUUGUGCGUG